UUGUCAUCAUCAUCCUGAAGCCCCCUGCGUACCAGUUCUCCAGUUCUACCAGAUUAGAGCUUUAUUCAGGCAGCUGGAAUAGCUCUGGCUGAGAAACAUCUCCCAGUUCAGCCCAGUAAAGAGGUGAAGAGAGGGACACAGCGCUCCAGUAAUCCAGGUGAUUCCCAACUUCACACAGCCUGGCUCUGCUGGACUGGAUGGGGCUCCCGGAUGAAGGAAGUUGCGCUGUUGACGGACGUUGAGGGAGUAUCGCCACUUCAAGCUGGGGGGAUUUGAUUAAACUACAGCUUACUAAAUCGAUGACAUUUGGUACAACGGUGUCAGUGGACAGUUUUGGACAUAUACUAGCGGGAACCAUAAGACAUGUCUCCAUCAGUAUGCCUGCAGGAGAUGAUUCGGGUAAUCCGAGGUGCUCGGACACAGGGAGAGGAGAGGGGGGUCAUUCAGAGAGAAUGCGCUGCCAUCCGGGCACAGUUUCGCCAAGCUGACAAUGGAGGGCGCUCUCACAACCUAGCUAAGCUCCUGUAUGUGCACAUGCUGGGCUACCCUGCACACUUUGGGCAGAUGGAAUGUGUUCGCCUGAUAGCGAGUUCCAAAUACAGUGAGAAGCGUAUCGGUUACCUGGGGGCCAUGAUGCUUCUGGACGAGAAGCAGGACGCCAGCUUACUCAUCACCAACUCCAUCAAAAAUGAUCUGUCUCACAGCAGUCAGCAUGUGCAGUCCCUGGCUCUGUGCACUCUGGCCUGCAUGGGCUCUGCAGAGAUGUGUCGAGACCUAGCACCUGAGAUUGAACGUCUCCUAAAGGCCUCCAAUUCCUACAUCAAAAAGAAGGCUGCCUUAUGUGCUGUCCAUAUUGUGAGGAAAAUCCCUGAGCUUGGUGAGAUGUUCACCCCCUCAGCGCACUCCCUGCUCUCUGAGAAGAACCACGGAGUUUUGCAUGGCGCUGUGAUUUUGAUUACAGAGCUGUGUGAACGUAAUCCUGACAACCUCAAACAGUUCCGUAAGUCUGUUCCUGAGCUGGUCCAGAUAAUGAAGAAUUUGGUUACGUCAGGUUAUUCUCCAGAGCACAACGUAGCUGGUAUCAGUGACCCCUUCCUGCAGGUCCGUAUUCUCAGGUUACUGAGGAUUCUGGGUCGCAACAAUGAUGCAGCAAGUGAUGCUAUGAAUGACCUUCUGGCGCAGGUAGCCACUAACACGGACAGCAGUAAGACUGCAGGCAGUGCGGUGCUGUAUGAAACAGUGCUCACCAUCAUGGACAUCAGAUCAGAGAGCGGACUCAGGGUUCUUGCUGUGAAUAUUUUGGGGAGGUUUCUUUUAAAUAAUGACAGGAAUAUCCGCUAUAUAUCAAUGACAUCACUCCAGAAGAUAGUUCAGACAGAUCACACUGCAGUGCAGAGGCACCGGGGGACCAUUGUGGACUGCCUGAAGGACCAGGAUGCCUCAGUGAAACGGCGAGCUCUGGAGCUCUCGCUGGCUUUAGUCUCUGCAGCAAACAUCCGCAGUAUGAUGAAGGAGCUCCUGCUCUUCCUUUCUACUUGUCCCCCAGAACUCCGAUCCCAUGCAGCGUCCGGAAUCUUCAACGCUGCUGAAAGGUAUGCACCCUCUCAGCGUUGGCACAUUGACACCAUCCUGCAUGUCCUCGUCACGGCAGGGGGCGAUGUGAGAGACGAGACGGUGCCUAACCUGAUUCAGCUCAUCACUGCAGCGUCUGAGCUGCACUGUUACACUGUUCAUAAGCUCUACAGGGCACUCAUCAGCGACAUCGUACAGCAAUCCCUGGUUCAGGUAGCCUGCUGGUGUAUAGGGGAGUAUGGUGACCUGCUGCUGAAAGGGGAGUGUGAAGAGAUUACGCCCAUGCAGGUAACAGAAGAUGAUGUUCUAGAUGCCUUAGAAACAGUCUUGCAGUCCCACAUGUCGACCCCAACAUCCAGAGGUUUCGCCCUCACUGCUAUUAUGAAGCUGAGUACCCGCAUCACAAACAACGUAGACCGAAUCAGGAGUGUGGUUAGUAUUUAUGGCAGCUGCAUCGAUGUGGAACUCCAGCAGAGGGCAGUCGAGUACAACGCUCUCUUCAAGAAAUACGACCACAUGAGGGCAGCCGUUUUGGAGAGGAUGCCCGUAAUAGAUAGGAACUCGUCGGGUCAGACCAACGGAGAUCCGAGUGUAGAGCCCAUGAAAGAGUUUAACCAGCCUAAACCAGUCCAGGGAGUUCUGAUCCAGGAACCUGCAAACCAGGUGUGUGACCUUCUAGACUUACUGGGUGACUCUAAUCCACCUCUACUGGUCACCAAUGAUCACACCAGCACUGCUCCCAACUCUACCAACUCCACCAGUUCAAAUGUACAGGACAACCUGCUGGAUUUGCUGGGAGGACUAGAGCCCACCCCUGCUCCCAGUGUGACCGUCUUUGAGAAGGGAGGACUGAGUCUAAAACUUCAGUGUGACCAACAGACAGAAACGAGCACCACAGUCACCUUCACAGCCUCCAACUCCACUCAGAGUGACAUCACGGGCUUCAACCUACAAGCAGCAGUGCCUAAGAGCGUUCAGCUUCAGAUGAAGGCUCCAAGUGGUGACCUGAUUCCAGCACAAGGCUGUGGUACUGUUACCCAGACUGUUUUACUCAGCUACACCAAUAAGGCAAACCUGAAGAUGCGAGUGCGGCUGUCCUACUCCAGUCAGGGCACAGCGUGCCAGGACAUGGUACAAAUCGACUCCUUCCCGAGCCCCGCCUGGAGCUGAGAGCCGUCAGCUCCUCAGUACCUGGUGAAUGGAGUCGCAGUUCUCUCAUUUCUCACGCAUUGAGACUUCCUCAGUACUGAUGUCCUACAGUUUUAUAUUAUGCUUUUGUAUUACUGUAAACAGAGCAAUGAAUACCUCUGAGAAGUGAUGACACCUUUUGCAAGCAGUUCAGCCAUUCCACUGACGCGAUUCCUCGGCUGAAACGUGGCACUGAUGCUUCUAUUCCACGCUUAUGUUACACUACAGAUGGCAUUAGCCAUUGCUCAGUCAGUCAGUCUCACACGUGUUCAGGUAUUAACCAGCUGUCCAGGUUACAGAUGGGUGACGAAUGAAAGGGAAAAACUGAAUAAAUGAGUGGAGAAAUGUAAGCAGACUAAGCAUCUCAUCCAAAUUUUGGUUUUGGAACAGGAAGAAAUGCAUUUAUAUGCCAGAAGUCAUGGGACAAGGACUAUAUUUAUGUCCCGUUGAAGGUAGUAAAAGCUGCUUUAGGACAUGCUUGUUGUAGCCGGGGAGAAACCUUUGAAGGAGUGGUUUAUUUUUAUUGUUUUCCACAAUUAAUCACAGAUCCUCACUAAAGAGCGAUGACGCUGCAGUUUUUAGAAACAGUAGAUUUUAUUUCUAGCAAAAUAUAUGCUUUAUUCCACCGGAUGUUUGUGUGGCAAGUGCUGGAAGUGGAACUUUCUUUGGUACGAGCUCAGUCCUCAAAGGAAUGUUUAGAAAAUAUGCACUAUGCACAAUAGUCUGUGGGAGGCACCGGUAACCAAGGUAAGACAGAUAAACACUUCAGAAAUGAGGAGCGUUUUUGGAUAUUCUAGAUUAAAAAGAUAAAAUGUCUGUAAAAUAGUGAUUACGUCAUUCAUACUUCAUACUUCAUGAAAAUCGCAUUAAAGCUGUGAAGAGUGAAAAUCCCCCAGCACUAUUUACCACUUACUGCACUGUCCAAUAUGGGUUGUAAUGUCUUAUAUGGUAUAUGUAUUACUUUCAUUCAUCUGGUACCCGUUAUCAGGCCUCACUUCAACUUCCAUAAUUCACAUCGCCUUGUCAUGAGCAUGCUGGUUAGUAUUCAGCCUCACUCAGAAGAAACCCAUCAUAAAGUACACAGGUGUGGGUGUUCCAAAGCUGUCCCCCUCUAGGGAAACAUUUUAUGAUUUAGUUUACAUAGCGCUGUCCCAUGUCUUUUGGCAUGUCAGUCUACACAUGGAGCAUGGACGACAAGAGCUAGUUCAAAACUCUCUUCAUUGAGUUUACAGUGCAGCCUAAAGGACCAAAAUCAAUGUGUUUUGAAUAACUGGAUACCCGGUUUGUCCAGUAAGUAUAAUUUUCAAACAGUAAAAGUGUUGUUCAUGUAUUUUAUUAAUAACCAUUUUGAUUUUUUCAUUAGUACCACACACUAACUUACAAAAACUUCAUACAGUGUGUCUGCUUUCCACCAAGCAUUGAAGUUCCAUUCCACCAGUACAUUUCCAGAGGCUGUUUACUCUGUAGUAGUUGUCUGAUUACCUUACUGAAAUGCAUAAUGAAGCUUCUUUCCCUUUGAUUUCUCACCCAUCUGAAAACAGGUACAGAUAAGACUCUUAUUGAGUCUGAUGAUCAGUAUACAACCAGACAAUGGGCUGACAUUUAUAAUACUUUUCCACUGCAUGGUAGCUACACUACUCAACUCUACUUGGUAUUUUUUGCUUUUCCUGGCAACAGGUACUUUGUUUUAGUACUUUCUUGUUUGUGGUUAAAAAGAUCAGGGUAGAAACUAAAAUGUGAUUUGAAGAGCUUACAGGACAAGAACUAACCAAAAAAAUAAUAAUACUUGUGGAAAUCAUUUGUAAUACAUUAUAUUAUUGACCAAUGAUCGCAACAUAGCCAUUCUACACUGCGUCCGUAUGACCGGUUAGAACCUCAUCGUUCCCCCGAGCCCCUCACAUAGACCCUCUGCCGCACAGCUGAUUGCUCUACAUCAGGGGUCAACAAUAGGUGGCCCACAAGCAUGAAACAUCUGGCUCGUGAGGUUGUUCGAACUAUAAUGCUUCUUUGGUGAGCUUUUGUUUACAUUCCUCCCUGCAUUUCUGUCGCACUUUGACUUUAGUUUCCGCCCAUUCUCAGGCUUUCUAUCUCCCUGAAAAGGGCGUUUUAUUGGACCACGACCCUGAAGACAUGGGUUUGAUCCCGCAUGAGGAGCGGUGUGUUUAUUUAUUUUAGGGGGGUUUUUUUCCUUUCUUUUUGGUUUUACCUGCUUUGAGAUCAACUGUUCUGCAAUUGGGUUCAGCAACCCUCUGGGCUGGAGAGCUACUACUAGUCUGUACAUAGCACUCCAUCCUAUUACACUUUUUCCAAAACAGAUUUUUUUUCUGUGGCCCGCCACAUAAUGGCUUGAAAAAUAUCUGUCCCAUGGCCAAACUUAAUUGUCGACCCCUACUCUACAUGAACAGAGAUUACACCCACAACUAACUGGUGACUUUACACACCAGCUAAACACUGCUGUUACUGGAUUGGAUGCAUUUAGAAAAUAAAGUUAUUUGUCUCACUACCUAUAUUUAGCUCAGUUGCUUUAAAACAUUUUAAUUUUAGCAUCAUUUAAAUCAAAACUAAAAUUUGACUAAAACUAUUAUACCUUAAAUUAAAAUCACCUGUCAAAAUGAACACUGCACCAGUGGGUCAUGAAGCACCCUCUAGUGGUCCGCAGAGGGAGUCAGAAGUCUGUAGUGGGCUGGGUAAAAUUACUAACCAUGCAACCCCUAGUAGAUACCCUGCAGUGGAAAAGUGCUCCUAGUGGGGCAGUAUGCUCUUACAGUAGUACUGAAAGAUAAUGAAGCUCGGUCCUUUCUGAAUGCCUUAUCCCAACAUGCCUUUCUCUUCUGCCCCCCCACCCCUGCGACUCUGCCCUGAAACAAAACACACCCAACAUACAGAAAUGCUGAAUUUACACGAUCCCACCUGAACAAACUGAUACACCAACACAAUUACUGUACUAAUUAAUGUGUGUGUUUACCUAAAUGAAUUGUGCUGAUGUACCUGUUCUGUUCACACAGACCCGAUGUGCACAUACAUAUGAAUUCAGCUUCUUUUUCCAGUGCAGAUUCCACGUUGAGUUUGUUUGUGACUGUGAGUUCCUGCUGUGUGACCUAAGCCUCACUCAUCUUCAGAUGGGUUAUUGUGUGGAUUGAGUUGGUUUUAUGGCUUCUUCUUAUUUUUAAAAUAAAAUUUAUUUUAAACAA